AGUGUCUCAGACUCUAGAAAAAAAGUAGAGUACAGUGUUCUAUUGGAUAAUGGCCAUGGAAUGCCGAGUUGUGUGGACCUGGACUCUUCUCCCAUGCAAACAUAUAUUUGCGGUCAUUAAUGGCAGAUUUCCUGGAGUUACAUGGAAGAACAUCCCCUGGAGUUACAGCAACUCGCCUUUUUUCACGUUAGAUUUUGAUGUAGUGUCCAUUCCAGUAUUCGGUUUCGUAUCAAAUGAAGAUGAUCUUUGCGAUGAGGAGGAUGUAGAAGAUGAUAUCACUGAUAAAAAUGUGGUGCUCUCUGAUGCAAAUUUACCAACUUGCAAAAAAAACUCCACGAUCAAAGUUAAAAAUUUUAGCCAUUGCAGAGAAAGUCUGUCAAUUAUUCAAAAUGCCACUUAUCUUUGCCAAGAGGAAAGUACACUAGAACAUCUAAGUGUUUUACUUAAUGAAGCAUCAUCCUACAUGAACAACAUGCUACAUAAGGAGGAAGGCCUCAUUCCAGAACCUCCUAAGAAAAGGAAAGUUGUUGAAGAACCGAAGUCUGCUAAAAAACCAAAAUUGGGAACAAAAUCUGAAAAAUUUCUAAAACUAAGAAAGAGAAAAGCAAACAGAAGUAUAAGAUAUUGAAAGACAACAUCAAAAACCAUCAAGUUAGAAGAUCUAAAAAAAGAUCAAGAGGAGCUCAAGGACACUAUAAUAAUUGAAGGCCAUUCAACUGUGCCACAAUCAAUUCUUGAGUGUAUUGGAGAAAUGGUCAGUCAGAUGCCAAUAAUUGAAUGGGAGUCAGGUCCACAAAAGAGGCUGGAACAUCAACAGACAAAAUAUCCCAAAUUGCUGUAUCUUUACUUGAGGAGUACUGUAAAGAUGAUCAUAUUCAGACAAUGAAGACCAUUUCUGAUAAUCAUUGCCCAAAAGAUAUGACAAAUGCUCAGAAAUAUAGAAUGGCACUUUUAAUGCUACAUAAACUCGUGGAGACAAAAAAAUUCAGUUUGAAAAGAAAUUUUGAGAAGGAACGCAAGGAGAGGGAAGCUGCUGAAAAAGCAUGCAUAGAUGCUUUGGCUCAGAUGGAAGGUUUCAGCAGAUCAGAACCUACCUCAGAAGCAUCUGAAAUGACAACCAAAUCUAAGAAAAAAAGAGAAAAAGAAAGUACAGUGGGAAACAGGUGAAUCAGCAACACAAUGCACCGGAACAACCUGGACUGACAUUGAUUCACAGAAAGCUACAAACAAACUUAUGAAAAUAUGGAAUCAGGGAAGGUCGACAAAUUACAUUAAAGCCAGGGUUUAUGGAUAUAAUGUUAAUGAUGCUGAUCUCAUGUCUCUAAAGAGUCCAAACUGGUUGACUGAUCAGGUACUUGAUGCAUACCUGUCAUACCUAGCCCAGAAAGAAUGGGAUAAGGGGAAAAAAGAAAAACAUUUGGGUGUAUCCAAGAUGACAAGUAUCAUCAAUGAUCAUGUCCAGUCUUCAGAAAGAAAGUGCCGUGUUGUGGAAUAUGACUACAUCAUUGGUGUGUAUCAUCAAAGAGGACAUUGGGAUCUAGUGAUAAUUGAACCAAAGUCGUUCAAAGUCUACUUCUACAACCCAAUUGGAGAAACAACAUUUCAGCGCAGACAAGUACUCAAUGGCUGGAGAAAUUACAUGGGAAGAAACCUUUUGUUAAGUAUUCAAUGGGAAUUGAAAGUGAACGAACAUUCAAAGCAGAAAGAUGGUUCUGGUUGUGGAGUGUUCUGUUUAAUGUUUGCAGAACGACACUUUAGUGGAGAAUCUCUCUUGAAUAUAACCAACGAAGAUGUUCUAAGGAAAAGGACAGAAGUAGGAAAUACUCUUCUGCUGUUUGAGGAACACAUUGCUGAUUGUUGUCCUUGUUGUGGAUUUAAGGUAGAUGACCUUAAAGGUGAUUUGGUAAGUAUGGUAUAUUGUUGCUUAUUUUAUAUCAGCUAUACUAUAUAUCCAGUAGAGUGA